UUUUACCGGCUAUAUCUUGAUCACUAGUUAGAGUACGUUAAAUACUUCAGGGCACUUCUACCCUGUCUCUAACAAAUUUUUUGGUUAUAGAUUUUUUUUUUCUAAUGGAGAAAGAAAGAUGUCCAUUCAAGGAAUAUCCCUGAUUUUUUCUCUAUUGUUUAUGUGCUUCUUCAGGGAGAGCUUCUGCAUCUGUGAUGGAACUAUCUGGACAAAGGUUGGAUGGGAGAUUUUUCCAGAAGAAAUGCAUUAUCUCAAAGUUAAGCCUUCUCCAUCUCACUGUCUACCUUACCCUCUGGACAAACUAUGCUGCAAUUUUGCUAAUAUGGAUAUAUUUCACAGUUGUUUAAAUAUCAUUUAUAUUUUAGUACAAGCUCUCUUUUUAAUCCUGUCUGUUUUAUCUGCACAUUACCUGUGGAUGAAAUGGAAGAAACACCAAAAAAAGCUUAAAAAACAAGCCGCCGUAGAGGUAUCUGGUAAUGCUCCAGAAAGCCAGCCUGCUUAUGAUAUUGACCAAAUACUCUGUAAAUUGGUGGCCACAACAUCAAUGAUGACCAAGUACCUGAACCAAAUGUCCCAGAAUCCUCCAGCUAAGAAAGCCAAGCAUCACAAAUUAAGAGGACGAAGAGUUAAGGAAGAGGAGGAGCCAGAAGAUAACAGACCUCACAUGUAAACAUAGCUCAGUCCAACAUGGACUGAGAAAUCUAUCGGACAAAAGAAAUCUACUGAGAGAACUGAAGUAAGGAUAAAAAUGGUCCUUUGGAGGCCUUUGUAAUUUUUUGCCGCGUUCUUUAUUGAAACUUUCCAAAGAAUUCUGGGUUGAAAAAUUAUUUCCAUUCAGCUAGAAAGGCAUCCAUACUUAUUAAAUACUGGGGAAAGGUUAUAUACUAUCACUGCUUCAUGUUUAAGUAUUUUUAAAGUGUUAGAUUAACCAAUUUGUAGAACAGAA